AUGCUAAGCAAUUGCCAGUCUGAUGCAUCAAGCUUAGAAGAUGUUGACGAAUCUUUUCAUACAGACGAGGCUAGAGAGUAUAGAACAGAAGACAACAGUUCAAAACACAGGAAACGGGUUAAAUUAGGUGCUCAAAGUAACUCCUCAAAAUCUACCUCGGACAACGGAGGAUCUGGUCAUAAUCUCGAUGGAGUAGUCGGAGGAAGCACUAAUUUGGUUGAGAAAUGUAAUGUGCCAUCAGACUCUGAUUUGGAGGUAAAGUAG